AAGAAAAGCACCAAUUGAUCUCCACUCGACUCUGCAACCUCCCCCCUUCUUCUCAUGGCUACACGCUUCAACCUUCCACCUCUCUUCCUCGCCCUCCUCCUCCUCCUCCUCUCCGCCGCCGCUGCAGGCACUGCUCCUCCGACUUGCAGCCGCAUCGAGUGCCCCAGCUACGACGUGGUCGACCAAGGGAACGGGUUCGAGAUUCGUCGGUACAUCUCCCCGCUCUGGAUCUCCACUUCCUCCAUCGACGACAUCUCCCUCGUCAACGCCACCAGACAGGGAUUUCUCCUAUUGUUCGAUUACAUCCAGGGGAAGAACGAGUACGGGGAGACGAUCGAGAUGACUGCUCCGGUGAUCACCCAAGUCUCUCCCAGCGACGGCCCCUUCUGCGCCUCCUCCUUCGUCGUGAGCUUCUACGUGCCGAAGCAGAACCAGGGGAAGCCGCCUCCGGCCGACGGGCUCAGCGUCCAAAAAUGGGGCGUCAGUUACGCGGCGGUGCGGCAGUUCGCCGGCUUCGUGUCGGACUACGGCGUGGCAGAGGAAGCGGCGGCGCUGUACUCCAGUCUCGAGGGCUCCGCCUGGUUCGACGCGGUGGAGAAGCAGGAUCCGACCUCGGUUUACACUGUGGCUCAGUACAACUCGCCGUUUGAGUUCACGGAUCGAGUGAACGAGAUCUGGUUGAUUCUGAGCGUGGAGGGGAACAGCUUGUAGAUUCAGAUUCGCCAUCUUCUUGAGCUCGAGCAGCAACUCUCUACCGUUAACUAACUUACCGGAAAUAACGUCAAUAAAUAACGGUAUGUAUGUCAGUGUUUAAUCCGUCCAUGAAACAGAAAAUAAAAUCUUUAUUGGAUAUGUAAUGAAGAGAACUCCUUCACAAUAGUCGAUCCCUAACUAGUUCUUGAAUUUCCUUCC